AUGGUGGAAAGGCUCCUUGCAAGCAGUGGCCGCUCGCAAAAGCGCCCCAGUCACCGCUACCGGCCAGGUAUCGUCGCCCUGCGUGAGAUCCGUCGUUAUCAGAAAUCGACCGAACUGCUGAUCCGCAAGUUGCCUUUCCAGCGUCUGGUGCGUGAAAUUGCCCAGGACUUCAAGACCAAUCUGCACUUCCAGAGCUCAGCUGUUAUGGCUCCUCAGGAAGCUAGCGAGGCUUAUCUGGUCGGUCUGUUCGAAGAUAUCAACCUGUGUGUUAUCCACGCCAUGCGCGUCACUAACAUCGUAUCCGUGGUGAACGCGUCGAAAAUCUACAAAAUCGGCCCUUUUCAGGGCCACUACAAAGAUUCCAUAAGAGAGUUAUUUAAGUGA